AUGCUUUAUACUUGGGAUAUUACCGGAGGUCGAAUCAAUCAUUACCUUUCGCCCAUAAUUCCAACUGAUCUACGAUUUGAGUAUCCCGGAACUUUAUCCAAAGCAUUACUGGGCGAUUCCGAAUCAAUGGCUCAAAUAUCGAUGUGCGCAUGGAUACAAAUAUUACAAACAUUGGAGAUGAUUCUUAAUGAGUUUUGGAAUAAUAUUGGCGAUUCCAAGAUGCUCUUCGGAGUAUCAGGCGCGCGGGAUCGAUUUUUUGGUGAACUAUACUCAAGAAUGAAUGAAAUCAACCUUGUUAGCAUUGAUGGCCGUCAGCUUGAAGCCGAUCGGCUUGUUGCUCUCCAUUUUGCUUCGAGGAUCAUUCUUUGGGAUAGAACCGUUGUCACAAGAGGUUGUUAUCAGCGUCCUUGGCAAACACUAUGCGAAACACACCACGCUUUUACUUCAACACGCUAUAAUGAUUUGGUUGGUAUCAUAAGAAAUGAUAAGGCCAAUCAAGCAAAAGGAUUAAUCUGGUAG